AUGGGUCUUGUCAACUCCGUGAUUUACCUUGGCGAGAUAGGAACCUAUCCGGGAUAUGCUCUCCUCUUAGUAGCACUAGGAAUCGGUGCGUUGGUAUAUGGUGUUUGUAUGUUGAGCGAGUCAAAGGAAGCUCCUGUUGUAGGAACAAAUGAAUUCGAUUUCGAGGAUGAGGAUGAAUCAAAGAGCGAGAACAUCGGAAAAUGGGAUAGCAUUAGCGUUGGAGGUUCAAGUAGUGCCGCAGGUUCGGACGUAGGGCUAUGUAAUCAAGACUCCAGUAGCGCAAGAGGUCGAUUUGGGGAUGGAAGGAUAUUCUCAUUUUCUCGUAAAUCUGGUCCAAGUUCGAAGCCCGGAUUUUUUAGGAUGAAUAAGUUAAGCAGUAAGAAUAGAACAGAAUUUCGAGAAGUUGACACGAAAUCAUCUCAAAUACGCCUAGAAAAUUCAUCGAUUCCACAUAUUAUAAUUGAUCAAGAUGAAGAAUGUUCGGAUGAUGAAUUCGUAACUCAAACAAUGGUGCCAGUUACCACCUCACCAGAAACAAUAACGGAUGAUUUGUUAUUAUUUUCUCAGAAUUCUUCGUCACAACAAAGCGCGACGAAAAGUGAUGAUGAAUCCUUAUCUUCAUUAAUAUUAAAAAAUCAACUCCUGAACAAGGCAUACGAGGAUGAGGCAGUAUCAGUAAUAUAUGCGCGAAGUUUUGAUGAUUUACUAGAAACAAAGAAUUCGUCGAGAGAAGGAAAUGAUAAACCUAAUGGAGAGCGAAGUUAA